GAGAAGAGGAUGUGUCAACACAGUAAAGGGAAACACAUUGUGAAGCAGAGGAAGUGAUGUCUGAGGUUGAAACCGUGCUCUGCUAGCUUCACACGUCUGCACGUCAUCGCUGGCUUGCAUUCGCAUACAUGCACACGCAUACAGAUUGACACACACAGAACCGAGCCACCGCAGACCUUUGCUGAGGAUGUGCACUAGACGAAGACAGACAGAGGACAUGGAGACAAAGAAUAUGAGGGAAUGAGCAAAGAAAACCCCAUUUAAAAAGGGAAUACAGUGGAGGAUGCAGGCGUGGUCUCUAAGGGCACAGAGCUUGUUGGUCGGCCACGAACAGAGAGUCACAAGGCGUACCUGACUCAGAAUAAACCAGACUGGGAAUCCAAUUUCAGUCAGUCCACAUACAGUCAUAGUCAUUCUGCUGGAUGCAUCCUAUAACAUUUAUGAUGAGAGUAAUCCAGUAUGUCAGAACUUAAGAUGUUUACCGAGAGAUUGAAAUCAUCUCUGGAGCCUGCACGGCUGUUAUUUUAUUCCAAGGCAGAAGGUAGCGCUCAGCCCUUCUGAAUAUUUUAGUGAAUGAGGAACCUAUCGAACGGAGAUCUGCUGGCAGUGCUGGAGAAUUUCAGUGUUCAUGGCUAGAACAAGAAACAUUUGUGCCAGUCACUUGAGUUCCCCAAAAACUCCUGACUUAUUCACACAGAUGCAGUAAAUUGGUGCGAAGGCAUAAGAAAAGGGGCAAGGGCAACUGAAAAGUCAGAGCUUCCCACAACUUCAAAUCAUGCAGUCAGACGAUCUCUUCAUCCGCAAGUUUCGAAGGCAGAGCCCACGCCCGCCCCUAGUGAGAGUGAACUUUGACCCCAAGCAGGAUGAUGGUAGCGUGCGGACACGAGUCCUGUUAGAAUGGCCCCCUAGGAGAGAGGGAGAGGGAACAAACAGCGAGAGUGUCACACCCAGUGCAGCUGCGCUGAAUCUGAGGACAGUAGGUCGUGGACACAUAAUGCAGCGCAGCAACAGUGACGUCACCCUUGGAGAUUUGGAUUCAGCGGGGCAAGUCGGGAGGAAGUUGCUCCGAGUAGGGUGCGACAAAUCUGGGACCGCUGAGUCCCUCCACCGAGAGUAUGGUAGCCUGUCCUCACUUGAAAGACAAACCCAGACUGUAGAUCCCAGUUUGGAAGAUCAAGGUGUUCUCAGUCCCAAUGCCUUGCGCUUCAGAGAUCCAUUUCUUCUGCUGGGUCUGCAAGAGGCACCUCCUGAGGUGGACGGCGUGUAUCAAGGAAACUGUGCCCCAGCAGCAGACACGUCAAAACCGGUCAAGCCCCCCAAACCAGAGGGGCUCGGGAAGAAGGCCAAACCGUCCCCUAUGCAGGCCCCUCAGUUUUCCUGUGACCAAGUCUCAGGUGGUGCUUGGGUGCGCAAUUUUGCACACUAUGAUGUACAGAGUAUCCUCUUCGACCUGUUGGAGGCUGCAACCAAUCGGGACAGCAUCGGGCGCAAGAAGAACAUCACAUCCGGAGCGUCAGCUGCUUCUCAACUCCGUCCGCUUUCACAGUCCACACCUUCCUCAUGUUUUCAGGGCGGAGGGGGCUGCUCGGGAAGCGGGACUGGCUCGGAAGAUCUAGAGCAGUCCUUGCUGGACGAAGGAGAUGGGAACGAUAAUGAUCUCCUGCUUAGCUGUCCUCACUUUCGGAAUGAGAUGGGUGGCGAGGAGAGUGUGGGGCUCGGCCUGCAGCGGGCCGGCAGGCACAGGUGGAGGAGUCUUCAAAGUCCCAACAAUGCUGUGUCCGUGUUAGAGGAGCCCAGGGAAAGCCAUGUCCAGGCACAGGGGAAAAGUAACUACUUCAUAGAGCAUGCAGACCUGGGGGCUCGGUACUAUCACAAGUACUUUUACAUGAAAGACCAUCAGAAUUUCUUUGGCAUGGACGAGCGUUUGGGGCCGGUGGCCGUCAGUUUCCGCAGGGAGGAAAAAGAGGGAUCAAGUGGGUCCCAGUACAACUACAGAAUCAUUUUCAGGACCACUGAACUGAAGACCCUGAGAGGUUCGAUCCUGGAGGAGUCCGUUCCCUCCGCAGCGCGCCACACCACGCCACGCGGCCUUUCGCCAAAGAGACUGCUGGAGUUUAUUUUGCCCGAUCUCAACCUACAUUGCCUCAGACUGGCCUCCACUUCCCCUAAAGUCAGAGACACGCUCCUCAAACUGGACGAGCAGGGGUUGAAUUUCCAGCAUAAGGUGGGCAUUAUGUACUGCAGAGCAGGACAGAGUACUGAAGAGGACAUGUAUAACAAUGAGAGUGCCGGACCAAAAUUUGAUGAGUUUCUGGACCUUCUCGGAGAGCGAGUGCGACUCAAGGACUGGGAGAAAUACAGAGCUCAACUAGACACCAAAACUGACUCCACUGGUACACACUCACUGUAUACUCGCUACCAGGAUUACGAGAUUAUUGUUACUGCUGAAUUUCGCUCUAUGGCCACACGUAUGCGGCAAGAGUACCUAAAAGACCUGGCGGAAAACUACGUCACCACAACACCCAUUGAUUCUUCCACCAAAUUCCCCCUGCUGUCGCUGGGCGGGAAGCGCAAGGAGAAGCUGAAGGGAGCGAAAGGUGCAGAGCUUCACAGCGCAGGUGCUUUAGUGUGGGCCGUCACCGUCGUUCAGGGUGGCGAGAACAACGGUCUGAGCCUAUCCUGUCUGCUCGGCGUGUCGGCGGAGUCGGUCGUGCUCAUAGAGCGAUCCACGCGAACCGUCGUGUUUAACUGCAGCUGCCGCGAUGUGAUCGGCUGGAAGGCCGUGACCGAGUCUGGAGCUCAGGGUGGCCCUUCGCUGGAUAUCUUCUACGAGAGAGGCGAGGCAGUGACUGUGACGACGUCAGAAAGCCAAGUUGAGGAUAUUAAGGAGGUUGUCCAGAGGCUGGAGCUGGUGACGCGAGGCUGUGAGGCGCGUGAGGUCACUCCCCUGCGGGACGGUGUCGGCCAGCCGGGCUUCCUGAUGAGCGAGGAAGGCUUUGUAACGGAGCUCCAGCGGUUCGGAUACGCGGAGAGCGGUCCUCCAGACGAGAACGGAAAACCACGCAGGAGUUUCUCUGAGCUCUACCAGAAGGCCAUCCAGGACGCGGAGAGCAAAUCCGGAGAGGGACGGUCAGGCGAGGCCUGGGUUCUGGAUGACGAUGAAGAAGUUGAGGUUGAUGGCGGCGGAGGAGAGAAAGAGGAGAAGAAACAGAUUGAAAAUAAGACGACAGACAGGGAAACUCCAAAGCAGGAGAUACACGAGGAGCAGAUGAGAUUUCCAGAGCCCAUGGAAACAGAUUCGCUCCUCUCUCCACCCAGCCUGCCUCUCUUACGGGCGACUUCCCUGCAGGACAGCAUGAAGAACCAGAGCCCUGAAGUCACCCCCGUCUCUCUCACACGGAGCUACUCGCUAGAAGGACACGCUCCGUACCAGGACAUCAUUGAAGGUACUUUUGUACUCGGUGGGACAAAAGAGAAAUUUGGGUGUGAUCAGGGGCCUGAAGAUAGGCCAUCGGUCAGUGAUGUGACCUUGAGAUCCUCCUGCAUGGAAAGUGCAGAAAGAAACUCCAGAGCUCUGAGCCUCCAUAACUCCAUCACUAAGAUUCUCUCAGAGACAGCCGAUUCGUCUGAGGAAGAGUGGCAGUCGAUUUCUGAUCUGGCCAACGCCUGCCGGAACAUUCUGGAAGCUUUGUCUCGAGAAGACCGGACGUCGGGAGAUGGAUCACAAGCGUCCCCAGAAACCCAGCUAGGUCAGACAGACACCAGGUUCAUAGAUAUCAAGGACAGUGACUCGCCUGGUCACCUUGAGGAGAAAGUGUCCCAGUUAGAGGCCAUGCUGAAGCGACUGCAGGAUGACCUCCAAAAGUCCUUGCCCUCUUCGCUACUUCAAAGAGCCACUGCUACUUCACAGAGCCAAUCACACAGAGGGACUGUAGAGGUAGGGCGGGACAAGCAAAAGAAACCUGUCUUGUCAUUGAGCAGGGUGAACAGAGGAGAUGAGAAGAUUGCUGGAGGGACAAUGGGCAGCCAUGCUCACUCUCAACACUAACCCACCAAUGGCAGUUAAGGAGAAAGAGGACAAGGCAAUGCUGCAAGCAGAGGUGCAAAAUCUCAGGCAGAACAACCAGCGGUUGCAGGAGGAGUCCC